AUGGAGGACGUUGCGCGUUUAGCAGUGAUUGAACAAACGUUAUGUGAUUUCGAUAAAUUCAAUAAAGUGCUCCAUGAUCUUUUAGAUCAAAUAGAGCAAAUUUUGAAAAACCCUCAUGAUUUUGAAGCGCGGAGCCUAAAAGGUAAAGAUCUAAAGAGUGCAAUGGAACAUGAAGCUUUUUGCGAUUAUCUCCAAUACAUUGGAUUUCAGGCGGUGCAAGAUAAAUAUAUAUAUCCAAAAGAACAAACUCUUGAUAAGCUCCGAUUGGCUAAGGCAGCCAUUGAGAGGAAAAUAAGUAUUUGCUAUGGAUCUAAACCCACGUUCAUGUCUAAACCAUUGUCAAACUUAGUACAAGCCCACAAGCCUAAAUUAAAGCCAGUAAAUAUUGUGACAACAAAUGAUUUGUACGAAAAAUUCAAACACUUUUCAAUGAAGGUUCGACAACAUCAAGCAAAAUUAAAAUUUGGUGAAUUGACGGGCAAUGACUUGUCAUAUGAGAUUGCUUUCCUGAUGGAGCUGAUGGCUUGGUUCAAGUACGACUUCUUCUCUUGGGUGGACAAGCCCAACUGCGAGAGAUGUAGGGCGCCCACUAUUCACUUCAAGAAUGACGUCAUGAAUACAGAGACUGAAACGUGUAGAGUGGAGAUCUACAAGUGUGCCGAUGAGCAAUGCACGGGCGAGAACAGCGGCGCCCGCUUCCCGCGCUACAACGACCUUGCUACGCUGCUACGGACGCGGCGCGGCCGAUGUGGCGAGUGGGCCAACUGCUUUGCCCUAUUCUGCCGCGCCUACGGCUACGACACGCGCUACGUCUACGACACCACAGACCACGUGUGGUGCGAGGUGUACGACCACGGCACGGACCGGUGGCUGCACGUGGAUCCCUGCGAGUGCCUGCUGGACGCGCCGCUCACCUACUGCUGCGGCUGGCGCAAGAUCAUCAGCUACGUCAUCGCCGUGUCCAGGGACGACGUGCAGGACGUCACUUGGCGCUACGUCACCCACCACAAACAGGCGGUGAUGAGACGGGACAAAUGCGGGGAGUUGGAGCUUAUAUCGUCCUUGAUGUCCCUCCGCGCCGCCAGGCAGGCGAUGGUCUCCGAGGCGAGGAAGUCGUACCUCAUCAAGCGGUGCGUCAAGGAGCUCGUGCAAUUGAUGGUGGAAAGGGAAGCCGAUGAGAGCGAGUUCGGAGGCCGAGUGUCGGGCUCGGCCCAGUGGCGGAAGAACCGCCGCGAGCAGGGCGCCUCCGGCGGCCACACGUUCGAAUACUCGCGCCCGGGCAGCUACGCCGUAGAGUACUGCGCGGCCGAGGACCGCUACGAAUUCCUCUACGAGGGGCGGAUCGAGCGGCGGCUGGGCGGCCACAGUAGCGGGGCCUACGCGUGCGAAUCGCUCUUCCGCAAGGUCGAGACCGACUGGCGCCAGGUCUACCUGGCCAGAGAAGAGGGCGCGGAUGCUGGGUCGAUAUCUUGGCGGUUGGCCGUCACGGGCGACUGUCUCAACUUCGAAUAUCUCUCCGUGGAGCUCGGUUGGGCUCAAUUCUAUGGGGGGCGGCUCACCUUCACUGUCCAGUUCAACGCAGAACCGCCCCUGCCCCUCGACUUCGAAGAGGGCGAGACGAGCCGCAUUUGGACGUUCCAUCGGCGGUUCAAAGAGGCGGUGCUCCGUUGCCAACUGUCUGGCGGCAGCGGCGACGUCGCCUGGCAACACGCUCAGCUCUUCCGCCAAGAGCUUGGCAGCAAGGAUGCCAAGAUGCUUCUGGAAACGAACGUAGUCAAAACCCCACCGCCGGAG